AUGGUCGGGGCUGAGGCGGCGGCGGUGGCGGAGCUGGUGAAGGAGAGCCGGCAGGUGGCCGAGUUCGCCGAGCAGUUCCGCGCCUCCUCGGAGAGUGAGAAGCACUGGAAGGCCCGCAUGGAGUUCAUCCUGCGCCACCUGGACGACUACCGGGACCCCCCGGGCGGGAGCGGGGCCGGGGCCGGGGCCGGGGCCGACCGCCGCCAGCGCCGCCGCCAACGCCGCCCCCGCCGCCCCCGCCGCCCCCUCGACCAGCUGCUCGCCCUGUCCAUGGUCUGGGCCAACCAUCUCUUCCUGGGCUGCAGCUACAGCAGAGACCUCUUAGACAAGGUGAUAGAAAUGGCCGAGGGGAUUGAAGUGGAAGACUUGCCCCACUUUACGACCAGAGACGAAUUAAUGCAGAAGCACCAACGCUAGCGCAAAAGACGCCGCGUCACAUUUGUAUCCGAGCACCGAGUACUUGAAAGUGGAAGGUCGGAUGGAUGUGAUACUAGCCACGCCACCACUUACAAGGGCUCCAGAGAACUCGCUCACGAAGGGAGAUGGGAAUUAAAUGAAAUCAUUCAGGGUUGUUGUUUUAAAAAUUGCCAGUCUUGUGGGGGGGUGUCACUUUGAAAAGCAAGUAAGACUGUUUUGCUUGCCGAUGACGAAGUCAAAGGUACACAUUGUCACCGAAAGAAACUCUCUCCCCUUUUUUAUUUUCAGUUUUCAUGUCGUUUUCCAUUUUCAAAAAUGACUUAGAUGAUUUGUUUUUAAAAUGUUUCAGUCAUAUAACUGGCUAUUCCAGUUUUUAUACUUUUAUGCAACGGUGUCAUAGGACAACUUAUUUUCCUGUGGAAACAACAGCUCCCAGUUUUUUUUUUCCUUUCAUAUUCUUGCAUUGUUAAUAAACUAAGAAAACAAAA